AUGCCUCGCGAAAUUAUCACACUUCAGCUCGGACAAUGCGGAAACCAAGUGGGCUCCGCAUUCUGGCAACGAUUGUGCGCAGAACAUGGUAUCAAUAAGAAUGGGAUUCUCGAGGAGUGGGCGACAGACGGAGGUGAUCGAAAGGACAUUUUUUUCUAUCAGGCCGACGAUGAACUAUAUGUCCCUCGAUCCAUCCUCGUGGAUCUGGAACCUAGGGUCAUCAACAACAUCCUCACAUCACCAUAUUCGCGUUUAUAUAAUCCAGAAAACAUUUUUGUAUCAAAGGAUGGUGGUGGUGCCGGAAACAAUUGGGCUCAAGGGUAUGCAGCGGGAGAACGGAUAUAUGAGGAAGUCGUGGAUAUGAUCGAGAGAGAGGCGGAGAGCAGUGAUUCCUUGGAGGCUUUCGUUGCCGUACACUCCAUAGCUGGAGGAACGGGAUCUGGCCUCGGUUCCUUUUUCUUGGAACGAUUAAACGAUAGGUUCCCCAAGAAGAUCAUCCAAACCUACAGUGUGUUCCCAAAUACCCAGGAAGGCGACGUCGUCGUGCAACCGUACAAUUCAUUACUGACUCUAAAACGACUCGUCGAUCAUGCUGACUCUGUGGUGGUCUUGGAUAACAGCGCUCUCGCUCGUAUAUGCGCAGAUAGACUGCACUUCCAAACCCCGUCCUUCGAUCAGACCAAUCAGUUGGUGUCAACCGUUAUGGCUGCAAGUACGCAGUCUUUGCGAUAUCCGUCGUACAUGAACAAUGACCUAGUGGGCAUAUUGGCGUCCCUAAUACCCACCCCACGUUGCCAUUUUCUCAUGACAUCUUACACGCCUUUCUCAACCGACGAAAUUGACAAAGCGAAACCUAUACGUCGAACAACCGUGUUAGAUGUUAUGCGUCGCCUCCUUCAACCCAAGAACCGCAUGGUCUCGACCAUAUCCUCCCAGAUGUCGUGUUACAUCUCAAAUUUGAAUAUCAUCAUGGGUGAUAUUGACUCGGCUGAUAUACAUCAAUCGCUUCUUCGCAUACGUGACAGGAAUUUGGCAACCUUCGUUCCAUGGGGCCCCGCUUCCCUCCAGGUGGCGCCAGUGCGAAAGUCUCCCUACGUCAGCACUAGCUACAAAGUGAGCGGCCUGAUGUUGGCAAAUCAUACGAGCAUCACGUCGUUGUUCAAACGGAUGCUUGAUCAAUACGACAGACUAAAGAAGCGUAAUGCGUUUAUGGAGAUGUAUAAGAAGGAAAAAAUGUUCGAGAAUGGCUUGGAGGAGUUCGACAUUGCACGGGCCACAUGUGAUGACCUAAUGAAAGAGUACAAGGCGUGCGAGAGCCCGGAUUAUAUCUCUUAUGUGGGUUACUCAGCUCGGGAUUGUGGGGUUUGCUGA